AUGGAAAAAACAGUAAGAGACGAAAAGUAUGACGAACAACUUGAGCGUGUUUUUGCUUUUUGUGAUAAAGAUAAAUCAGAGGAAUUAGAUUGGAAAGAAUUGAAAAUUGGUUUAUUUACAAUAUUAAAAUUAGUUGAUGAUACAGAUAAACCACCAAAAUUUCGAUUAAUGUUACGUGUUAAAAAUAAAAAUAAUAUUGAUGAUUUUAAAUCUGCAUUAGCUACAAUAUUAACACAGCACUAUAGACAGCACUACUCCACGCGUCAUCCUUCGACGAUGAAAAAGGUUACUAUGUCAGAGGAUGAAUUUAUUACAAAAAUACAUACAACAUUAACGACAAAAUUAACAAUUCUAGCUCGAUCUGAACUAGAAUUAAUUCCAGUUCCAGCUAUCGGUGGUCUUAUUAUUCUUUAUGUGGUCAUUAUUGCUUUUCUACCACUUGUUGUACUGCUUCUUACACUCGGAACAUUUAUAUUCGCACGUGCAACGACUUUCCUUUAUAUUAAUAUUCUUUGUGGUUAUCGUGGAUAUGCGCAAAGAUUUCGUCUAAUAGCAUGGUGUUUGUACUGGUUAAUAGCUAUUCUAGCUGUUGUUUUUAUUCCAUCAGUAAUUACGGUAAUAAUCUAUUUACCAAUAACAAAUGUAGUUUUAUACCAUCAUUUUGGGACUGAAAGCCAAGCUUGGUAUAUCAAUAUUUUGGAGGUUUAUUGGAAACCAUUUAUUAAGUAAGUCCAGGUAAGACAGAGUGCACAUUCAAGCAUGGAUUGUGUAUAAAAUACUCAUAUUUUUUGCAUAUUUUCAGGAGUUUGAUAAACUGCCAUUCCAGUCAUUGCAUCUACUACAUACACUUUCUCUCAAGUUUUCAGUUCUAACCAACAGUGUGGGUAUUUAAAUAUUUUAAAAAGCAUUUAAAUCGAAGAAUAUAAUGACGCCAGUAUUUUAUCUAAUAAAUUUUACAACUAAGAACAUCGAAUCCUCUUAGUACCUUUAUGCUUCUAUCGUGCCAUCGAUCGUUCUACAGUUUUGAAAAACUCUGUCU